UGGUAUAUUAUUAUCUAUAUAAAACAUAUCUACAAUGAUUUUUGCAGUGUGCGACUUAGGUACCUAUUUGUUUUUAAUAAGUAUCUAUCUUAUUUUUCUACUAUAAAGUGUUAUUAAAGUUCAUUAGCGGAUGAUAACAGUGAUUAUAAUAUUGAUAAUAUCUUAGAUAUUUAUCAUAACUUUUUGCAUUAGUAAUUACUUGAUUUGGGUUAGGAACUUUGCAUUAUAGUGAAUUUCAUACUAUCAGGAAAUGCUGCUUCAAUUUCUAUUUACCGUAGCUUCAGUUUUUAGUAUGGCGAGUUCCCAUUCGUUUUUGGUUAGGUCCUCGGAAGUAACGGACUUCAACAUUUCCGCAGCAAUUACUUGGGCGCAUGCUGUCAACAAUAGAUCCUAUCUCGAGAGUUGUCUAGCUUCCGAGGACUUAAAAAUGAUAGAGGCAGACAUUGUAUUGGGUACGCUGACGACUUCGCAAAAUUCGACGGUAAUUCCUAUAAUGGGACAUCCUCCUGCUAACACUUCUGAUUUAUCGUUAGAACAUUUCUUAUCAAUGGUUAAAGAGCAUAAUAGUAAUUCGUUUUAUGCGAAGGGGGUUAAACUUGACUUCAAAACCAUCGAAGUGUUUGAGGCGAGUUUGAGCAUAUUGCAAAGUAAAUGGAGCGAGAUUGAUUUUCCUGUAUGGAUAAAUGCUGAUAUAGUGCCAGGACCCGUGAACGCGACAACAAUUCCUGUGGAUCCGACUCGUUUUUUCGAAGGUUGCGCCCUAUUUGAUGAUGCGGUUCUUUCGAUAGGUUGGACGACAAACUUUGGUGGAAGUAUCAAAAAGGGCACAUAUACGAAAGGCCACAUUCAGUCUAUGUUAAACGUGAUCGAGGAAAACAAACCUACCCAGAAAAUUACUUUUCCUGUAAGGGCUGGAAUCGCGGCCGAGAGUUUAGGAAAUAUGCAACUUUUAUUGCAAAGUGUUGCUAAUUCUUCUUUAACAAUUUGGUCGUCCGAAGGUGACCCAGUAAAUGUUGAACAUCUUAAAACCCUUAUAAUGACGAUAGGACUUGGUUCAGUAUACAUUGACGUACCAAAGGAUUUAUUCGAUCAGUUAGGUAUGUAGUUUUGUAAUAUCUAUUGGUCAGUUAAUUGGUACAAAAAAUCUAACACAAGAAAAGAAUUAAAGUCGAUCUGACGUGAGUGGCGAAUUUUUAAUGAAGAUUUGAUAACAUACAUAUAACAAUCACCCUGUACGUAUGAAUCUAUGAAUCAGGUGUUUCAAAUUGUAUAUACGUAUUUUGUAAUGAAGGAUAAUAAAUAAAACAGUCCGUAGAAAUAAACAA